AUGGCGGCUGCCAUGGCGACUAAUGCCGACCUGCUCACACUCACCACCACUAUUCAGGAUGCCUUGCGGGCAGAGAUGGCAGGGAUUCACACAGAGGUGGCCACCCACACAGGCCGCAUCCAGGCCCUGGAGCACUCCUCUGAGACCCAAUCUGCAAGACAUACCGCCACGGAUAAUGCUAUAGCCCGGCAGGGGGAAUUGAUUCUACACAUGCGCAGACACCUGGAGGACCUCGAUAAUAGGGGCCUCAGGUGCAACAUAAGGCUAAGGGGGAUCCAGGAGGCAGAAAGAGGGGAGAAUGCGGAGGAGGUACUCCGGGGCCUCUUCCGACUUGUGUUGCAAGCCGAUGCCCCGCAGAAGAUUGAAUUUGAACGUGCGCACAGGGCCUUGCGACCACGCUCACUAGAAGACGGGCCUAGAGACAUGAUUUGCUGCUUACACUCGUUCCCUGUCAAGGAUGCGAUUAUGCGGAGCAGCCUACAUGGUCCUUCCAGGGAGCUCAAGUGUCCCUCUACAAUGAUCUAUCCCGGUGACGCCCGUGCUUCGCGAACAUAA